CUCUCUCUGAGACAGGAAGCAAAGGAGGCCACAUAGGCCCUUUUCAAGCUUGUGGGCUAAACAAUGGUUGAGCCAUCUCCAGACAUCCCAAGAGAGAGAGGCACACCUGGCACACCGGGCUGCGUCCCCAUCGAGAUGCCAACUAUUAGCGGUGCUACACAACGUGGCAGCCUGCUCGCAUGGCCAGAACCCGAGGCUCAGGUUCUGCCCCCCCUCCCCCUUCUUCCUCGAGCUUAGCCCUAUUACCAGGUUCAGCGAUCAAAUCUUGCUUUGUCCCGUUCCCAUAUUUUUUUUCUCCCAAGCCUUUUCACACGUGCAGUAUAUGCAAGAGGCCAUGCAAGCCCCCGACCCCAUGCAGAGCUGGAUCUGUGCUAGUUUCAGCUCUGGCCCAAUAUAGAAGCAAUGGUUAGCCCUAUUUGGGGGCCGUUUUCUCGGGGGUGCGUCACUGGCCAAGGCGGGAAACAAUCAACCUUGCGUCCUUCUUCUCGGUGACCCAGUCAACACCAUUCCCGCAAACCCGGUCUGCCCUCCUCCCGGGGCUGGGCUGUGAUAACAGCCUCGUUCCAUCACCGUUGGGCUCCCUUCUGCGCUCUGCGUGACCCCGCUGGAAACCGAUGAUGACGGCAUGGGUUGGUGCCAAUCAAUGUCCAUAUCGUAUUAGUAUUAUCGCUUAUCCCCUGUGAGGCUGAAGAGAGACACACACAAAAAGAAGUUCAGAGUACCCCGUAGUCGGUCGAGCUAUACAAUACAAGUCAGCAAUAUACUUGCCGUGCCGCGGUUGACGCUAUCUAGAAGGGGUACAUAAUACGCCGUUUUCUAUUUAUUACUGUACUAUACGGAUACCUGUGUGCGUAUAGACAACAUAUACAAUUCCGGAAUUCGGCAUUCCAUCCGCCUUGCCGGGUGCUUCCACCUACAUUGUAGCAUCUCUGUCUCAGUUGCAGAUACAACCUUUCAGUCUGAAUCACCCACUCCUUUCCACAGAACGAGGCUCCAUGGGUAUUUAGCUUCACCGUUCAGGUAAGGCAUCCAAGAC